AUGUUGAUCUUAACCACAGUUUUAGCAAUAAUUCAUUUAGUAUCAGUGAUGGCUACUCCAACAUGGGAUGGUGAAUAUGCUGAGUACCUUAAUGUGAUGGUAACUUAUCCAUACAAAAUUCACACAGGAAGAUUAGUUGGUGUGACUAAAUACGAAAGUGGUCCAGAAGGUAUCGACACCGGCACAUUGGUUAAAUAUGAGUUAGAAUCAGGAAUUUUUAAAGAAGGAGACAAAUGGGUGAUGCGCCAUGGAGAUGGAGAUGAUGCAAAGACAUUUGUCAUAUCUGAUGAAUUUGCUAGAUUUGUAAUUGAGCCAGCUGAGAAAAAUUCGGGGUGUGUAAAGCAAGGUGAUAAUGAUGAUAAAGACCUUGAAAAUAGAAAAGAUGAUGGUGAUGAUAAUUAUGAUGAUGAAAACGGGAAGUUGAACAACUUUGUGGCUACUGCAGACCAGGUCAAAGCUGUGUUUGCAGCAGCAAUGCAACAUGCUAUAAAUAAUACUAAUGGUGGUGGUGAUGGUGAUAGCACUAAAAAAGAGUAA